CGAGCACCGUGCUGAGUGAGCGCGUGUGGAAAUUCCAACAUGGCAGUGGGCGCGCGCCCUCUCCCCCGCGCUCCCGCGCACUCGGACGGGCUUCGGAGAGCGAGCGCGCUGCACUAAACAUCAGCCUGAAGCUCGAGCGCUAUUCCUCAUCCUGCUCCUCGCGCGCAGCCGCACGCCGCCGACGCGCGCGCUCCCCGCAUGAACAGCGACAUGAUGAGCAGCGUAUAUGGCAUAACAAUGCAGUGGACCCCUGAGCAGCCGCAGUGGGCGGAGCAGCACUAUGACAUCACCUCCACCACGCGCUCACCAGCGCACAAGUUUGAAGCUUUCCGGAGUCCGAGACUGACAAGUUCAUCUUCCGCCCGGGUGUACCAGCACACCUGGGCCAACGACGACAUUUCUGCCCUCACUGCCUCCAACCUGCUGAAAAGGUACGCGGAGCGAUACUCCAUUUUGGACCUACCCUGUGAGGGUGGACUAAUGAGUUACCCAGAACCUCCCCUGUCUGCAGGCGUUAAUGGAACCGGUGUCAUUAGCGGAGCUCCGCCCCUCCUUAAUGGACGAAAACUGGAGGUGGAGCCUUGGCUGGAGGGCGUGUACCCACCACUGGGCUGCAUUUCCGAGCUGGUCCCCAAAGCGCCGUUGAGCGUGUCGGACAUCUCGGCAAGCGUAUGUAGCUCACCUGUGGAGCCCAGCUUCUCCAGCAGCAGCUGCAGUAGUCAAACCAGCGCCCAGGAGUACAGCAGUGCUCUGUACACCGCCCCCUACCUGCAGUCUGUGGGAUCUUACAACGGUCCGCUUCUCCACCCUGUUGCCUCACAUCCUAAUUUGGUACCAGCCUAUAGUGCCAACACUUCGCCCAGCCUGCCUACUUACGGUUACCCGAAUGCAGGUUUUCCAUCCCAAAGCAGUCUGUCGCAGAGUUACAGCCCACCAUCAGCCACACCUUUACCAACGUCCAGCAUGAGUGGAUACUCUUACCCAACCCCCAGUCUCGCACCAGUGGCUCCCAGUGCUUCAGAUAACUCCCCCAGUUCCAGCAGCCUCGGCAAAGCUUAUUACCAAGUCGGUCAGGGUGAUAUGCGAGCGUUUGAUGAAUUUGGCUUCAGUGGUACUGCAGACUCUGACAGCCAGUCCGCAAGCAGUCCCCUGUACAGACCACCAGGGGGCGAAGAAAGGCACAACAGAAAUGGGUUCGACCAGUCGUCAACCAGCACUGCACCACUGCCCUUCAAACCAGCCAAUCACAGCGACUCACUCAGAAGUCUCGAGUCUCUCACUGCAACUAUGGGCGAGCCCACCAGUGCCGCGCCUGGACCGUGCUUCACCGCCACUUCCUGUUCAGCCGCGUUGUCUAAUGCAUACUCCCCGGUCUCGUCGCACACACACCUCUGCUUGGACACACACACUCCCUGCUGAGUCUGCACUGCUGUUCGUCCUCUUCCGAGGAGCAGUGGAAAAAGUAUGAGCUGUGUGGAUGUUUGUGGUCGGUUUUGGCUAUGCGGAGGUGCAGUGGCGCCCCCUGCUGUUCUGGAGUGUGGUGCUGAUGAGCAGAGCAACGGAAAAGAAAAGCGUUCUGGGGUGAAGAAAUCUGGACGUGAACCCCGAACUCCCGCCCCUGCAGUGGUCCCUGCGAUUAGAACGGGCUGUACAGUGAGACUCAGCUGAGCUCCUGGAGUGGAGUGACAAGACUGAGCAUGCUCAGUGCUGAACAAAGAUGCCAGUAUGUUGCUCCCUCUUCUGGACUUCUACAAAAUCCUCUCUGAAGCACAAAUAUACAAACACAUGGUUGCCAGUUUAUUAAGUAGACUUACUGUAGCUUGUACUUGUACUUUCACUCACUGUGCAAUCUACAGGUGAAAACUAUCAUAUGGGUUUGUUUAGUAGAUGCAGUGCAUUUACAGGCGGAUUAUCUGUUGUUAUUAUUAAAAAGGCUCUUAAACUGAAAAAAAAAACACUCCUUACAUUUACAUUACCUUAUUUUACAGACUAUAAGGUGCACCAUGUUAUAAGGUGCACUAUCAAUGAACGUCUAUUUUAUGGUCUAUUUUCAUACAUAAGGUGCAUUUUAAGCAACAAAAGUAAGUAAAAAGGGUGUCGCCAUGUUGUUAAUCCACACAGAUUUCUCUCC